GGCUGGCGCUAGGGUUGGUUGUGGUGUCAAUCGCCGCUCGUGAGCGGGGUCUCUCCCAAGGCAGUCGGACUGCGGUGAAUUGCAAUAUUGUUAUAAAGAUCUCGCACCAAAUUGAUUCUCAAGGAGUUACUUGUCUCUCUGGGCAAUAUACUAUCAAAGACACAACAUUGGUCAAGCUAAACGAACAAAAUAUUUAUCAAAUUUCUUCAAGUUGUGAAAGUUUCCGCGCUGUAAUUUUUCUUAAAAGUUUGCGAUAUGAACGUAUCGGGCGAUGUACAGCAACUAACAGUUUGGGUGAUAAUAUGAUAUGAAAAUUCAACUGACUCUUUUUACCAGAGAAAUAACCCGUUCUCCAGUUCAUUCUAAAAUAUCCUCGGUUUCGCUCCAUACGCAGGUCAACUGUAUCCAGCCAGACAAAAGGAACAAAUAAAUGCCAGAAAAUCAAGACUAAACCAUUGUGAGAAUAGAAAAAUAGCUGUCUAAUACUCAUCGAGGAAGGUGAACAGCACUGAAAAUUUUAAGCGCUAAAGAAUUAUUCAAAGAAACUGACAUCCGUGCACACGAUGAGUUAUGUUAAGACGACGUACCGCUUCGGUAAAGAAAUAUUUUUUUUAUAAGGCGGAAAAUAUCAGAAAACAAGAAUAAAAACCGCGAAUACGUGCUAGCUAAAGUCCUUAUUAUACGAACCUUUUAAUGAAUAAUAACGAAUUACUUCAGAUGUAUUAAGACAAAUAAAAAAUUCCUGUGUUCACUUUCAGAGUUUUUGAAUUAGCGUAUGUAUUCACACUAAGAUCUUGUCCCUACUUAAAAAAAAAAUAAAAACUCUUCGAAAUUUAUGCUUUAAUAAGUAUUCAAUACCUAAAAAUAAUGAAAAGGAAACUGAAUCUGAAUUGUUUAAAACAAAUGUCGCGGCUUCUGCAAUAAGUGAUGCAAUAGAAAUUAGUCAUUGCGGUGAUUAAGUGUUAGUCUUCCGAUAGUUUAUUUAUUAAAUAAUAAAAUCUGACCGAUAAGAUCAUUUUCACCCAAUGUGACGUCAAUUUGAGAAAAAAAAAAAAAAGUGAUCAAGCGAACAAAAAAUUCCAUCAUUAACAAAUAAACAACUUUAGAAAAUGAGAAGAAACGUCUUCAGAUUGAUCAUGUAGUGAUUCGCAGUUAUAUGCGCGGCUCGGUUUGACCUCAAGAGACCUGUCUCAUAGCUGGGAGAGAAGGAGGGUCCCGAGGUCAUCACAGGUCAUGCCCUGGCCGUUGAUAAUAGUGCUCAUCUUUACGUCAUGUGAAUCUGUAGCUGCCGAUCAUCAUAAAGAGGAAGACCCAGCCUUCGACUGGUCUUCCUGGUGGAGCUACGACGGGAUCUCUGGACCUGGUUUCUGGGGCAUAAUCAACCGCAGAUGGCGAUUGUGUAGCGACGGACGACGUCAGUCACCAGUCGAUCUAGCCACUUCAUCUGUCGUCUUCGAUCAUACUCUUACGAAACUUGACAUCGCUUCCCACAAGAUUGAUGGAACUCUAGUAAAUACUGGAUUCGGCCUCCGGUGGUCUGUGGGCAAUGGGCAGGUGUGGCGUGUUAAUGGAGGACCUCUGUAUUAUGUCCACACUUUAGCCCACGCCGUCGUCAGGUGGUCAAAUGAUGCCACGACGACCCACACUGUGGGUUCCGAACACAGCAUCCAGGGGCAGUUUUUCCCAGGGGAGGUUCAGCUGUAUCUCUACAACAGCGACCUUUAUAAAAAUUUCACACAAGCGCUAGAUAAACCAAAUGGAGUAGUGGCAGUGUCUAUUCUACUUAAGAUAGGAUGGAGGCCUAACCCAGUUUUGAAGAUAUGGAUGGACCAUAUCCACAUGGUGCCACACCGAGGCAAAUCAACUUGGAUCCCGUUUCUUCCAAUAAAAGAGUUGUUCACGUCCCCACUCUUCCUGACCUACGAGGGAUCCCUGACCGAGCCGCCCUGUGAAGAAACAGUGACGUGGAUUAUCUUAAACAAACCCGCUUACAUAACUGCCGAUCAGUUAUGGCAGCUACAGUCCUUACGUCGAGGCACUCAUGGCCAAGCUUUGCCAAUCACCGGAAACUUCAGGCCAUUACAGCCCUUACACACGAGGGUCAUAAGAACCAACAUUCCGCCAUAUUCUCUGAGCUGCUCCGGUCUAAACAGAACAAAUCUUUAUCAAGCGAUGGACAUCGAGGGAACGUGACAGGGAUGCAGCCAUCUAUUUAUCCGCCAUCUAUCAUCCCCGACCUCCGUCCAAGCUCCUACCCACUAUUACAAUUCGAGUCAGCCUUUACAUAACCUCCCCAGCCUGCCACAACCAAACAAAACCAGUGUCAGAUACAGAUGCUGAGUCUCCGUAAGGGUGUCAUCACAUCCACUUGGUCAAUAUGACGCAGCCGCUGCUCGCCAACUUUGUCUCCGUAUUGUCUCGUCCCCAGCAUAUGUUUGUUAGCCAUUGCCGACAAGUGGUCAAGUUUAGGGCGUUUUGCGAGUGUUCCCCUUUAUUUUAGCCCCUUAGUCCUGAGACCUCCUUGUUUGAUGACUCCUCAUAAUGGACACUAGAAUCACUAGAGAAUCAGGCCUUUUCGUCGAUGAAGUGUUUGAUCUGUCGCCACUUAUAAUGAAGUCUCGUACUGCCAAAUAUGAUGAAUGUUACAUUGUAAGUCAAUAGAAGAACUUCUGUGACUUUGGUUUCAUAAACAUGUACGCAUCAUUCUCUCUCUUCCAUGUUUUUCUCACUGAUUCUGGAUAUCAUUACUGAGUUACGAUAAAAAAAACGCUUAACACUUUGAUGAUUAAGAUAUCUUGCGGUUGAAAAAAAUUAUAUCAUAUCAUGUUCAAUACCAGCUCAGGUAUGUAAUUUGCUUCCAACAAUUAACUUCUGUCACAAAUCUUGGGUGAAGACCGUUGGUACAUGAAACUCGAUGCCAAUUUAAACCAGUAAUGAUAUUGUCACAGAUCUGAAUAUUUCCACAACUUGGAUCCCUAAUUUAAACCACCUAUCAUGGUGCAAAAUUUAAAGCUUUUAAUGGUGCUUAUUACAGCAGAUAAUCAUUUAGGCUACUGGCAUUCUAAGAAUUCAAAACACGCCUGUUGAUGUUGACUACUGCCAGUAGCCCGGUGAAACAGUCUGCAAUUGCCAAAAGGGUUAGUAUGUUGGCAGAUUGUUCUUAUUAUAGUACCUAAAUAGAGCGAGUUAUA